AUGUCAGUCGAUCAAUCCUCAUCAUCAACUUCGAUUUCAGCUGCUGAAUUAGAAACAUGUAUAAAAGUUCUUUCAAAAUUUGAGUCGAAUGAUGGAUAUCCAUCUAUUGAAUCCAAAGAAUUUGAUCAAAUUCGACCAAUAAUACAAAAUUUAUUUCAUAUUGGAAAACGAUCAUCUAGAAAACAAAAUAAGGUUCAACGACGUGAAAAAAGAGUCAUCGAUCAAAAGGCUAAAAACAAAUGUCUACUCCGAUCAAGUCGAGCAAAAAAUCUUCAACAACUUCAAUUAGAACAUAUUCUUGUACCUGAUGGUGUUGCACAAAUCGAACAUAAUGAAACUCAUACACCACAACGAUUAACUCAACCAAUUAAUUGCUACAUAUGUAAACUUAAAUAUCGUACAUUACAUUUUUUUUAUGAUAGACUUUGUCCAUCAUGUGCAACAUUUAAUUAUGAUAAACGUUUACAAACUACUGAUCUUACAAAUAAAAUUGCGUUAGUUACAGGUGGUCGAGUUAAAAUUGGUUAUCGUAUUGUUUUAAAAUUAUUACGUACAAAUUGUUUUGUUAUAACAACAAGUCGAUUUCCAAUGGAUUUUUUAAAUCGUUUAAAUAAAGAACAAGAUUUUGAACAAUGGAAAGAUCAUAUACAUAUUUAUGGUGUCGAUUUUCGAUAUUCAAAACUUGUCGAAUUUUUUACACAAAUGUUAAUUAAUAAAUAUGAUCGAUUAGAUUUUAUAAUUAAUAAUGCAUGUCAAACAAUUCAACGAACAAAUGAAUAUUAUCAACAUUUAUUCACAAAUGAAAAAUUAACUAAUUAUUCGCUUUUAUCUGCUGAUGAACAAAAAAUUCUCGAUGGAAAUUUACAAUUUUAUCAGCAAUUAAUACCCUGUUCUAAUCGAAAACAAGAUAUAUCAUAUCCUCUAGCAUUACCAUCCACAUCAAAUGAUAUGAUUGUCGAAACAUCUUCUACAAUUAGUAAUACUUCAUUUGAUGUAAAUCAACAACCAAUUGAUUUUCGUUCAACAAAUUCUUGGCUAUUACGUUUAGAUGAAUUAUCUACAAAUGAAAUAAAUGAAGUUCUUGCAAUAAAUACUUUAGCACCAUUUAUUCUUAAUAGUAAACUUAAAAUAUUAAUGGGCGAAAAACAUCCUAAUCCUGAAAGUAUUAAAUUUAUUAUAAAUGUUUCAGCUAUGGAAGGUUCAUUUUCUCGUGUAAAUAAAACUGAUCGACAUCCACAUACAAAUGCUGCUAAAGCUGCAUUAAAUAUGAUGACACGAACAUCAGCAAUCGAUUAUAAACGAUCAAAUAUCUAUAUGGUUUCUGUUGAUACAGGUUGGAUAAAUGAUGAGAAGCCAAUAGAAAAAGCAAUGAAAGCAAUGAUUAAUCAUGAUUUUCAAACACCACUUGAUGAAGAAGAUGCUGCUGCACGUGUUUUAGAUCCAAUUAUUAAUACUUAUCGUCAAUUAGCUAAAGGAGAAACUGAUAUUAAUAUUCCUUAUGGAUGUUUCUUGAAAGACUAUGUUAAAUGUGAUUGGUAA